AGAAGGAGAGAGGUGUUUGUGGAAGUUGCUCUUCUGUGUGCGCGCUGCUGUAGUUUGUGUCACUGAUAUCUAAAUCUUACCGCAAUGGCUUUGUCUUUCGAGGGAAGAGUGGUGCUUGUUACUGGCGCCGGAGGAGGCAUUGGCAGAGAAUAUGCACUGGCUUUUGCUGAGAAAGGUGCCUCACUUGUAGUGAAUGACCUUGGUGGAGAUGUUAAAGGAGGCGGAAAGAGUUCUGCAGCAGCUGAUAAAGUGGUGGAGGAGAUAAGAGCAAAGGGAGGAAAGGCUGUAGCUAACUAUGAUUCUGUGGAAGAUGGAGAAAAACUGGUACAGACAGCACUGGACACAUUUGGAAGAAUAGAUAUUGUUGUUAACAAUGCUGGGAUACUUCGUGACAGAACGUUUGGCAGGACGAGUGAUCUGGAUUGGGACCUGGUUCACAGAAUUCACUUGAGAGGCUCCUUUUUAGUUACCCGUGCAGCCUGGAACCACAUGAAAAACCAGAAGUUUGGCAGAAUCAUCAUGACGACUUCAGCCGCAGGCAUCUAUGGUAACUUUGGUCAGGCAAACUACAGUGCUGCCAAACUGGGUUUGUUGGGCCUUGCAAACACCUUGGCCAUCGAGGGAAAAAAGUACAACAUCCACUGCAACACUAUUGCUCCCAUGGCUGCAUCUCGGCUCACUGAGUCCAUUUUCCCUGCAGACCUUUUAGAGAAUCUGAAGCCUGAGUAUGUCGCACCCUUGGUUCUCUGGCUAAGUCAUGAACACUGCCAAGAAAGCGGAGGCCUGUUUGAGGUUGGAGGAGGCUGGAUUGGUAAAUUGCGCUGGGAGCGUACUAAAGGCCACAUUGUGAGACACAAGAACCAACAUAUGUGUCCGGAGGCUGUCAGGGACAACUGGGACAAAAUCUGUGAUUUUACUGAUGCCACCAACCCCAGCAGUAUCCAAGAGAGUACGCUGUCAUUUGCUGAUGCUGUGUCUCGGGUAAAGCCAGUGGGGGGAAUCGGUACCAAUGCAACCGUGUCUGCAUCGGUAGCCUCAGGGAUUAAUCCCAUGGAGGCAGUUGGAUAUAAAAUACCAGCUACCACAUUCAGCUUCUCCCACACCCAGUGUAUCCUCUAUGCAUUGGGGGUAGGAAUGUCGACUAAGGACCCAGAUCACCUUAGGUUCCUGUAUGAAGGCCAUCCAGACUUUAGCUGCCUCCCCACGUUUGGGGUCAUUCCGUCCCAGUCUGCCAUGAUGGAGGGCGGUCUGUCCUCUGUUCCUGGACUCAACAUCAAUUUUACACAGGUAUUACAUGGAGAGCAAUAUCUGGAGCUUUACAAACCUCUACCAACCUCAGGUAAACUGACCUCUCAGGCCACCAUAGCAGAUGUGUUAGACAAAGGAUCUGGAGCAGUCAUCCUCUUGGAUGUGAACACCUAUAGUGGUGACGAGCUGCUGUGCUACAACCAGUUUUCCGUGUUUGUGGUCGGAGCCGGAGGAUUUGGAGGGAAGAGAACUUCUGACAAAGCCAUAGCCACUCUGCCUCCACCGAAAAGAACACCAGAUGCUGUGGUGAUUGAUUCGACCACAAGAGACCAAGCGGCUUUGUACCGUUUGAGUGGGGACUGGAACCCUCUUCACAUUGAUCCCAGCUUUGCUGCCAUGGGAGGCUUCGGGGCUCCCAUCCUGCACGGCUUGUGCUCUUUUGGCUUCGCUGCCAGACACGUCCUGAAGCAGUUCGCCAACAAUGACCCGUCCAGCUUCAGAGCUGUGAAGGUUCGCUUUGUGAAGCCUGUGACGCCGGGGCAGUCGCUGCAGACUGAGAUGUGGAAGGAGGGAAACAGGAUUCACAUCCAGUGCAAAGUGACAGAAACUGAUGCUGUUGUUCUCUCUGGAGCUUACGUGGAUUUACACAGCACAUCAGAGGCUUUCCCAGAAAAUAUCACUGAUGGGGCAGGUCUGCAGAGUGAGCUGGUGUUUGCAGAGAUUGGUUGUCGUAUAAAACAGUCUGGCUCAGAACUGGUGAAAAAGGUCAAAGCUGUGUUCAGCUGGGAGAUCACAAAAAAUGGCAAAACCGCUGCUCAGUGGACCAUCGAUUUGAAGAACGGCAGCGGCUCUGUGCACAGAGGCCUGUACAGCGGCAAGGCAGACGUGACCUUCACAGUGUCGGAUGAAGACUUCAUGGAGGUGGUGCGGGGCAAACUCAAUCCUCAGCAGGCGUUCUUUGCUGGAAAACUGAAGGUUAGAGGGAACAUCAUGAUGAGUAAGAAGCUGGAGGUCAUCUUAAAAGACUACGCCAAACUGUGAGCACCAAACUACCCCACCCCCAACCCCCGCGCACUUUUGUCUUUGACUGCUUGAAGUAAUUGUUUUAUGAGUUAUUUCACUGUUAUCAUGAAAUGAUUUUCCAUUUGCUCACUCAUGAGAAUGCAGGUUUUUCUUUUUUACUCCGACAAAAGCAAUGAUUUAACAACAGUCUUUUUUUAAACACAUCAGCCUUCAAAUGUAAAACCUGACCACAGUCUUUAUUCUGUUCUGACAGUCUUUUUGUAUCUGAACACUUAAAGCAGCAGAACAUUCAGAAAUAAAAUCUUCAGCCCUUCU